CUUAUUUGUAACGACAGUGACGAAUCUGCCGAUGUGAAGCAAGCAGCGGAUACCUGUUCUGUUCUCACAUGUCCUUCACAUCCUGAGCUCUGACAGCAAAGCAGCCUCUGCACUAUCAAUCAAUGAAAACGACGAGAUCUCCACUGUAUUGUAACUAUGGCAGCUCAGGUCACUGAAUCAGACCAGAUCAAACAGUUCAAAGAAUUUCUGGGAACCUACAAUAAACUGACAGAGAACUGCUUCAUGGAUUGUGUGAAAGAUUUCACUACAAGAGAGGUCAAGCCAGAAGAGACUACAUGUUCUGAGAGCUGCUUACAGAAGUAUCUGAAGAUGACGCAGAGGAUCUCCAUGCGCUUUCAGGAAUAUCACAUCCAGCAGAACGAAGCACUGGCUGCUAAAGCUGGUUUAUUAGGACAGCCACGAUGA